AACUCCGCUAUCUAACGCAGUUUAUUAGCUUCGUGUCAGUUUUUUCCCCUCUUUUUUGCAGACGUAUCCAGCAACUAGUCAGUGCUAAAAUAGAGCACACUUCUACAAACAUCUAUCAUCUACAAUGCUGAAGAUGCCUACAAAUGAAAUAUCAGAAGGUUGGAGUAUGUGUACCGGUGCAAGGAGAACGUAUUGUUGAGCAUGGAUAGAGAUUUACUCAAGCAGUCCGUGGCGUUUCAUGGACAGACCCUGUUUUCUCUUUUAAAAUGUGAACAGAGUGAAAAUCCAGACUUUAAACAUGUUACAGCUGAUCUCGCCAAAUCUGUGAACCAGAGGGAUAAAGAAGAUGACAGUCCUGUUGUGGAACAGUUUAUUGCAAGGAAAGCAGACCUUCUGUUUGCUCCAGCAUGGAAAUCAACCACACCUGGAGAAGAGGAGUGGCAGGAAGAGUCACAAGAGCCAUAUGCCAUCAUGCCUCCAUUGGAACAAUUCAUGGAUGUUUCUUAUAACGAGAGGAGAGAACUUUUCUACAGAGAUGUGGAGCGAGGCGAUGUAGUCAUCGGCAGAAUUACGUCAAUCCGAGAUUUCGGGUUCUUUGUUAAUCUUCUCUGCACUGCUGGGGGAAUGGAGAGGGACGUAGAAGAUCUGGAGAUCAUGGGUCUGUGUCCAAUCAGAGAUGUCCCAUCAACCGGAAAUCAUGAUGAUCCUUUGUCUUAUUUCCACAUUGGGGAUUUGAUCAGAGAGCACAUUGUUUGGAUUUAUUAUCUUUUAAGUAACACAGCUGGUGUGAAGGACAUUGACCGCUAUCACGAGAAGCUGACAGUCUCACUUUAUCCCACCUCUCUGGCCUUGAACAUGGAGCGAACCAAAUUGGGUGUAAUAAGCAAAGAAGAGUUACCUCUUCACUACACUCGUGGUGAACAGGUGACUACAGACAGCAGAGAGUCAUACGAGAUGUUACUCCAGAGUUCACUCGGCUUCUCUAACCCAUCCAGUGUUGACUAUUUGCUCGGCAUGCUGGGAAUCGGUGACACACAAUCUCACUCACUAAUGAGAGGAUUACAGAGUAAACAUUUCAUGGAAGAUGAUUUUGCAAGUGCAAUUCGGAAGAAGCAGUCUGCUUCCUGGGCAUUGAAAUGUGUGAAAGCUGGUGUGAAUCAUUUCAAAUCAGGCCGCCAUGUAGAAGCAAUGAAUGAGUACAACAAGGCUUUAGAGAUGGACACCAAUAAUGUCGAGGCUCUCGUAGCACGUGGUGCUCUAUAUGCCACUAAAGGCAGCUUGGUGAAAGCUAUCAGUGACUUUGAGCUAGCUUUGGAAAGCUGCCCAACACACAGGAACGCUAAGAAAUAUCUGUGCCAAACACUGGUGGAACGAGGUGGCCAGCUGGAGGAAGAGGAAAAGCUGAUUACAGCAGAAGGGCUUUAUAAGAAAGCAAUAGCUUUAGAUGACACAUUUCAUGAAGCGAAGGAAGCACUGAGGAAGCUGCAGAUGCACAUCCAGAAAACUCUUAAACUGAAAGCCGAGGAGGCUGCAAAGGAGAAGGAAAAGCAACUAACUGCGGAGACGAGCGCAGAAAAAUUACGUAAGAUCUUAAAAGAAGAAAAAAGGAUGAAAAAGAAAAGGAAGAGGUAUGACUCCACGUCAGAGACGUCCUCAAGCUCUGAUUCCUCCAGUGAUGACUUGUCCAGUCGCAAAAAACCCAAAAAGCGAAAGCACAAACGUAGACGCUCCUCUCACAGUGGUAAAAAACACAAGCAAAGGGUUUCGUCACGUGAUGAGGAGGAGCACUACCCUGUUCCUGCUAACACCUCAGCAUCCUUCAUUAAUGAGAAACAAACCCUCAUUAAACUGCUGGAUGGAGAGAACAGAGCCGAAAACCGAACACUCUCUCAUGAAAAAAGCAGAGAAGGUAGGUUUGAAGACGACCCCUUCACCCGGAGCCCUGAGACUGAGGACAGGAAGGUCAAGGGUCAAAAUGAGUGCUUCAGCGGAUUAAAUGGCCGGGACAAAGAUACAUAUAGAGAUCGCAGAAGAUCUGAAGAUGAACACAGCACUCAACAGGAAAGUUGUAGAAAUGCACGCAUCACUUCCUGUAGGAAGGAUUCCUCCUCCUCGGCCUAUUCAGAAACCUCACGCAAAUCUGACUCACGUGAUUUCGACUCGCGGAAAUCCAGCUCUCGCACAUCUGACUCGCGCAAUUCUCACUCAUCUGACUCUCGUAGAUCAGACUCUUAUAAAUCUGGAAGCCAUGGGAGGUCAGAGGUCAGGGAAGGGAAUGAUCGUCAAAUAAGCUACAGUGAUGUGAGCAAAGCCUGGGAGGGAAACCAGAAAAAGAAUGUACCCACCAAUUUAUUGGAUAUCUUUAAUCAGAUUGCUGAAUUUGAGAGAGAAAGAAAGAAGAAAUGAAUAUAAUGCAAUUUUCUGUGUUGUCGCAAUCGCUUCCUGCCUUGAAGAAACAAAUAGAGAUGGAGUGAUGAACAUGAGAACCCAGACCUGCCAACCUUUACCUUACAUUGCAUAGGAAUAUGCUGAUACACAUUAUCACUUAAAAAUACAUAAAAAUUACACAUUGAAGAGUCUUCUUCACAUUUUCCCACAUGAAAGAUGUCCUCACUGUCUGUCAUGGUAAAAGGAGAAUGUUUUGAGUUCAUUAACUUGAAAUAAAUUAAGUGUCUGUUCACUUAGUUCACAAUAGACAUGUAUAUAAUAAGUUAAACAGUUUAACAGUUAGUAUAACAGUUAACUGUGUUUGUUAUAUAUUAAAUAUAAUAAAGGAAUGUAUUAAAGGAAAGUGAUUUGGAUGAAAGAGGAAGAAAACUUUAGACAACAAAUUUAAAAAUGAACAAUUUUGGAAAAUAUAUGGGACAAAGCAUUAUUACUCUUCGAGGUUGGCAGGUCUGGAUACACUGAUGCCUUGUAAUAAACAAACAUGAUGAUACCAUGUGUUAAUGUAGCAAUUAUCACUUCUUAAUACCUUAUUGUUAAUUUUCUAAAAUGAAAUGCUUCCUUGACGACAAAAAACAAAAACAAACAAAAAACCCACAAAAAUCUUUGUAGUUAAAAACUUUAUCAAAGUGGUUCAUAGUGCUGGGUUUAAACUACAGUCAGUACAUUUCAGUACAUUCAUGGAUGAGGUUUGUUGCCAAUUUUUCUCUAUAGAGGGCUAUAAACUGCAGAAUGUAAUCAGGUGUGGAAAUGUACGGAUUGUAGUUUAGCUAAUAAUUAGAUGUACAUCUGUCUAUUUUUAGGGAUUUCACUCUGAUGCUUUUUGUUUCUCAAUCAGUCUGAUUAAUGUUUUAGGAAUGUGUGUACAACAUGUAAACCAAUAUAUCCAAGCAUCUCCUAAUAAACUGAUGGUUAAAGCAAAAGGAAUUUGCAUAAUCUUGUAUAAUUUGUGUAGCCAGUAUUUAUACCUGAAUUUAGAUAUGCAUCACGCUAAACUGGUGGCUGUAAUCUUUUUUGUUUGUUUGUUUACUGUUAGCUUUUUGUAGCUUUAAUGCAAAACUAAAAAAAAAAAAAAAACCCAAAAACCAACAGCUUAAUACUAUACAGUAUGGUGAUUACAUGGAAAUGGUGUCUAGUUUUUGGCGUUUUAUCAUUUAUAAGCGACAACAAAAAAGUAAUUGUUUUUUCAAGUUAAUAGUUUUCUUCUAGACCUACUGUAGCUUGUACUUUAAGAUGUUUACAGUAAAUUUAAUAUUAGCUUCA